AAAAUAAUCACACUAUCAAAAUGUUAGUUAAUCCUUAUCCUUUAUUAUUCCUGAAAACCAUUUUCAGCGGCGAAUAUCCAUCCCAAAUGUUUUAACAGUGUAGAUCGCAGCCUCAUGUUUCGCAACUCGUUGCUCCAUUUCAUUACACUAGAAUUCAUCCACAACACUAACAAACCCACUUCAUAUUCAUAACAUUUUCCCAAUUUUUCAUUCUCAUACACCGAACCACAUGGCUUCCAUUUCGAGUAUCUCUCCUCCGAACCUCACUUUCCCGAAGCAAAACCUCGCUGUCCCCUUCCCUCUCCAACGACCCUCACUUCUCCACUUCCCCUCCCAACCCUUAUGCCUCUGUCUCAACUCCGUCGCCGACGACAGCCACAGCAAUACAAACAAUAACGACCGCCGAUGGGAUUCGAUGCUCCAAGAAUUCGUCACCGGCGCCAUGAAGCAAUUCGAAUCGUACGUAAACGCGUUCAGCAAAGGCCGCGCUGCCGAUGAAGACCAAGAUGAUGUUAGCGAUGAAGGAUGGGAUUGGAAUCGGUGGCGUCAGCAUUUCGAUGAGGUUGACGACCAAGAACGUAUUGUCAUCAUCCUCAAGUCUCAGUUACGUCAUGCUGUAUACGUGGAGGAUUAUGAAGAAGCUUCUAGGCUUCAAGUGGCGAUUGCAGCUGCAUCCAACAAUGACAGUGUUGGAAAAGUGAUAUCUCUUCUCAAAAGAGCCAUACGAGAAGAGCGGUACAGUGAUGCAGCUUAUUUAAGAGAUAAAGCUGGUGCUGGACUUGUGGGUUGGUGGGCUGGUAUUUCAAAAGAUGUAAAUGAUCUACCUGGUUUAAUUAUUCGCAUAACUCCAGAGCAUGGAAGAUAUGUGGCAAGGAGUUAUAGUCCUAGGCAACUUGCAACAUCUGCUGCUGGUGUUCCUCUAUUUGAGUUUUUUCUUACAAUGGAUAAAAAAGGCGACUUCAAGUCGCAGGCUGUGUACCUAAAGCGAAAAGGGUCCUACCAAGGCCCCCCAACAAUGUCCUCUAAGACAUCGGAAGCUAGUGAGCUGUUUGUUGUGAGUACUGAAGAUUCAGAAAGUGGUGAUGAUAGGAGUGAUGGCUCAGACCCUUCUGAGAGAAUGCCUGCAUUUCAGAAUGUCUUGAAAGAUAUGAUUCCUGGUGAGAAGGUGAAGAUUUUCACUCCAGGGAAAGUUGACAAGGAUCUAAUAUCUAACGCUAUUGAGGAAUCAAAUGUGGAAGAAGAAAGUGGGGAUGAAAAUGAAGAUAGAGAAGAUGAUGGCGAUGAAGAAGACGUAGACGUAGACGUAGACAUAGAUGUAGACGAAUAUGAAGAUGACAAUGAAGAUGAAGAUGAAGAUGAAGAGGAAGACGAAGACGAAGAUGGAGAUGAAGAUGAAGAGAAGAAAAAUGAUGCAGUAACUAGGGAACUUGAAAACUUUAUAUCGGAAACUGAUCAAGAGGGAGAUGAUGAGAAUGAGAUAAAUGCUGAUCUGGAAACUUUUGAACGUGAAGAACAGAAUGAAAUUGCUGUCAAAUUUGUCAUUGGUGAUCUUAUGCAGAAGCUUUCCAGCAAUUUAUCCCCUAGAGAUUUGCUUCGAGUUCCUGCUAAGCUGGAGAUCAACGAACGUCGUUCAUUUUCCUUUACUGUUGAAAACGAAGUCAAUCAGCAGGAUGGUUAUGACAAAGGGAAAUCUUCAUCAGAUAAAUCAAGUGAGUUUCAAAGUCGUCACAGAGUUAAAUUUAUUGGCAAGGAAAAUGUACCUGCAAAGGUGCUGAAAGAGGUAGGAGAAUUUAUAAGUCUCACUCUAAGUCAGGCUCAGAAUCAUCAACCAUUAUCCGGGUCUACGAUUUUCAAUCGCAUUGAAAUACCAACUUCAUUUGAUCCUCUAAACGGCUUAUAUAUUGGAACAUAUGGUCUUUACUCCUCUGAAGUUAUUCAAAUGAGACAUAGAUAUGGUCAAUGGCAAGAAGAUGACAGGGCGAAGGAGACUUCGGAUCUUGAGUUUUAUGAGUAUGUAGAGGCCUUGAAACUAACUGGGGAUCCUUAUGUGCCAGCUGGCCAGGUGGCAUUUCGUGCAAAAGUUGGAAAGAUGUAUCAACUUCCACAUAAAGGGAUAAUUCCUGAAGAAUUUGGAGUGAUUGCUCGCUAUAAAGGUGAAGGAAGAUUGGCUGAGCCAGGGUUUCAGAAUCCUCGAUGGGUUGAUGGUGAACUUGUAAUUCUUGAUGGAAAGCAUAUAAAAGCAGGGCCUGUUGUUGGAUUUGUGUAUUGGGCUCCGGAGUAUCAUUUUUUGGUCUUCUUUAAUCGGCUUAGGCUUCAGCAAUAGGAUUGCGUUGUUCAUACUAUCAGAAACUUUGUAUAUUCUUUCUUCAGACUUUAGGGUAAGUUCUCUUUAAAAAGGCCUUUUUAGCUUAACCGGCCAAUUCAUCUAUUAAUUUUAUAUAUUAUAUUGUAUGAUACCAUAAUUUUGCUACAGGCUUGGGUAUAUUUGAAACCUUUAAUUGCCCUAUUUCAAUCCAUGACCAGUUUAUGCGUUUUUAUGAUCAUGUAAGGCGAAGGUGUCAAGGAAUGCUAAAAUUGUGCUUCAGUGGAAGAUAUCAUCCAUCACUGCAAGCUUUUAUCCAUCACUGCAAGCUUUUCUGUUUCAGUGUAAAAUAGCAUUCUGCCAAGCAGCAUAAAUUUUGAGCACUGGGCUGCUUGUGUAGUAGUAACUCAAAUUAUUAGAUUAUCUUGAUUGUCAUAGAUUGACUAAUCAUCAUGAAGGGGGGUUCAUCAAUCAGCACUAAAGCACGAUGUACUAGUUUUCCAUUUCACGUACUGUAAAGCUGUAGUGAUCACAUGACAUCCUUCAUCAUGGUAUUCUUCAUCAAUUUGUAUAGUGGUCCAAUUUUUUCUUAUAUUCCGAUGUAUCAUGCUUAGUCUUAUGUAUUCAGGGUUUCAUUGUUCUUUCUGUUAGGAUGAAUGAAAUAAAUUCAUUACAAGUGGUAUUAUUUAUCUUCCCACUUUGAAUAAUGAUUUGUGGGAAAUGUAGAAACUGUACUAUUGUGCCUCUUGUCAGUUCUCGCAUUACCGACUGAAUGAACUUGGCAGUGGAUGCCCAGCUUGCUCACACGCCUUGUUGUAUGGAAUUUAUUGAAAAAGUGGUUAUAGACAAGAAAAAUAUUUCAUUUUAAUUUUUAUUGAAUCACAAGAAAAUUAUUCCAACA